AUGAGGAAUGAAACAUCACCAUUAUUAAGCGCAACUUCAUCCCACGAUGAGAAUGAAGUUAUAUCAUAUGUCAAAUCAAGAAGACAAUCAAUUCAAUCAAUGGAAAAUAAUAAGAUUCCAGAUGAACAAUUACUACACAGUCCAAGACACCUACCAAGUUUAUACCCAGUUACAUCAAAUAAUUCUAUUUUUCAUUAUCCAAUAAGUGAGAUCUUAUCAAAUCAUGAAUUAGAAUUGAAUGAAGAAGAACCUAAAACAUCAAUUUAUAAUGAAUCAAAAAUAUUAGUUUUAAAUUCCAUUCCUUUAAUAAUAACUUUUUUUUUACAAUAUUCAUUAAAUGUUACAUCUAUAAUAAGUGUUGGAAAAUUAGGUUCAAAACAAUUAGCAGCUAUAAGUUUAUCAACAAUGACUGCAAAUAUAAGUGGAUUGGCUAUCAUACAAGGUAUUAGUACUUGUUUAGAUACUUUAUGUGCUCAAUCAUAUGGUAAAAAAGAUUUCAAUAGUGUUGGUGUACAUUUCUUGAGAUGUAAUUAUUUUAUAAUGUUAUUGUUUAUACCAAUUUGGUUAUUUUGGGUCUUUGGAGUCAAAGAUUUAUUAAUUUUAAUUAUUGGAAACGAUGAAAAAGAAAUUUGUGAAUUAGCUGGUGAUUAUUUAAAAGUUUUAAGUUUUGGAUUACCUGGUUUCAUAUUAUUUGAAAAUGGUAAGCACUUUUUACAAGCUCAAGGAAUAUUUCAUGCCUCUACAUAUAUCUUGUUUAUAAGUCUACCUUUAAAUAUUGCAAUGAAUUAUGUGUUGGUAUGGACUAAAUUUGGAUUUGGUUUCAUUGGUGCUCCAUUAGCAAUUGUUUUAACAAAUUGGUUAAUGUUUAUUUUAUUGUACUGUUAUAUUUUUUUUAUUAAUGGUUAUCAAUGUUGGCCAAAACAGAAUUUAUUUAACAAAAUUUAUUUCCAAAAUUGGACAAGAAUGAUUAAUUUAGCUAUACCUGGUGUUGUAAUGGUUGAAGCUGAAUGGCUAGCUUUUGAAAUUAUAACUUUUGAAGCUGCAAAAUUUGGUGAAAUUGUUUUAGCUGCACAAUCAAUUAUAAGUACUAUAUUGGUGUUAUUUUAUCAAGUUAGUUUUGCGUUAGGUAUUACCGCUUCAAUCAGAACAGCACUAUUGAUUGGUGGUGUGUAUAAAGAAUCUGCUAAAAAGGCAACUUUUGCAGCUAUUUAUACUUCUUUAGUGUUUGGUUGUAUCAAUUGUUUUAUGAUUUAUAAAUUUAGAUAUCAAUUAGCAUCAAUUUUUUCAAGUGACAAAAAAGUUAUCGAAUUAGCAUCAACAGUAUUAAUUAUUGGAGCUGUUUAUCAAAUAAAUGAUUUGCUUACUUGUAGUUUAGGAGGUGUUCUCAGAGGACAAGCAAGACAAUCUAUAAGUGGGUGGUUAAAUAUUAUUGGGUAUUAUUUUAUUGCUUUACCAAUCGCAUAUUACUUAGCAUUUAUUAGAAAUUGGCAAUUAGUCGGACUUUGGACUUCAUUAAUUAUUGCAUUAUCUUUUGUUAGUUUUACACAAUUAUAUUUUGUAUUAAGAAGUAAUUGGGAUGAAAUUAUUGAUGAAUGUAUAAAUGAAGCAAUAACCGAAGAGGAACAUAAUUAA